AUGCGCUUCUCCGCCCUAUCAAUCGCAGUUCUAACACUUGUUGGAGCCCACUCCCCCGCCCUCACCAAGCGCACAAGCCCAAGCCUCAGUCUCACCGACGCCGACGCGAUCCCUGCCUUCAACCUGCCAACCCUAAUCUCAACAGAAAAUGUCGAGGCCAACACGCACAACAUUGAGGCCAUCCGUGCUACACUCGCCCUUUACCCCCUCGCUAUCGACGGCAAGAACUUUGACUCCCUCUCCCGCAUCUUCGCGCAGAACGCAGUCGCAAACUACUCCGCGCCAUUAAAUGUCCUAACCCCGCUAUCAACAAUCCAAUCGGUCUUAAAAUCCAGCCUAAAUCCCGUGACCACACAACAUUCUUUUGGGACCCAGCUGAUCGAUAUUCUAUCCCACGACUCAGCCUUCUCAGUGACAUACUACACGGCGACGCAUUUUGGGAGGGGGACGUUUGGAGGGAAAACGGCCACCGCAUUUGGACAGUAUCAGGAUGUGUGGAAGAAGCAACAGGAUGGGAAGUGGAAGAUCACCCAUAGAAAUUUGAUCUACAUGGGCCCACUUAUUGGCGACCUAACUAUAUUUACUUUCACUGAAUAG